AUGGGCCUGCUCCAGGGCCUUCUCCGGGCGAGAAAGCUGCUGCUCGUUAUCUUCGUGCCGCUGCUGCUGCUGCCUCUGCCCAUGCUCCACCCCAGCAGCGAGGCCGCAUGUGCUUAUGUGUUGAUCGUGACUGCUGUGUACUGGGUGUCUGAGGCGGUGCCCCUCGGAGCUGCAGCCCUGGUGCCUGCCUUCCUUUACCCGUUCUUCGGAGUCCUCCGAUCCAGUGAGGUGGCCGCCGAAUACUUCAAGAACACCACGCUGCUGCUGGUGGGUGUCAUCUGCGUGGCAGCUGCCGUGGAGAAGUGGAACCUGCACAAACGCAUUGCUCUGCGCAUGGUCAUGAUGGCUGGAGCCAAGCCGGGCAUGUUGCUGCUCUGCUUCAUGUGCUGCACCACACUGCUCUCCAUGUGGCUCUCCAACACGUCCACCACCGCCAUGGUGAUGCCCAUCGUGGAGGCCGUGCUGCAGGAGCUGGUCAGUGCCGAGGAGGAGCAGCUCGUGGCGGGCAACUCCAGCGCCGAAGAGGCCGAGCCCAUCAGUCUCGAUGUAAACAACAGUCAACCCUCCCUGGAACUCAUCUUUGUCAAUGAAGACACGUCGACUGCAGACUUCACUUCUCUGAUGCAGGACAAGAACCUGAAUGGGAUGCCCCCAAUCACCAACCCUGUCAAAAUGGCAAGCCCCCAGGGCAAGAAGCAGCACCGAUCCCAGGAAAAGCCACUAGUCCUGAUUCCUGGGCCCAGGAACCAGGAGCUCAACAGAAAGUAUAAGUCCCAGCGUGACCAGAUGAUCUGCAAGUGCCUGUCUCUGAGCAUAUCUUACGCUGCUACCAUUGGGGGCCUGACCACCAUUAUUGGUACCUCCACCAGCCUCAUUUUCUUGGAACACUUCAACAACCAGUACCCAGCUGCAGAGGUGGUCAACUUCGGCACCUGGUUCCUCUUCAGCUUCCCCAUCUCCCUCAUCAUGCUGGUGGUCAGCUGGUUCUGGAUGCACUGGCUGUUCCUGGGCUGCAAUUUUAGAGAGACCUGCUCUCUGAGCAAGAAGAAGAAGACCAAAAGGGAAGCGUUGUCAGAGAAGAGGAUCCAAGAGGAAUAUGAAAAGCUGGGAGCCAUUAGGAAGGGCUACCGCACGGAUGCCACAGUCUCCGUUUUCCUUGGCUUCCUCCUUUUCCUGAUCCCGGCAAAGAAGCCUUGCUUUGGGAAGAAGAGUGACGGGCAGAACCAGGAGCCCUCCCGGGGGACGGAGCCCAUCAUCACCUGGAAGGACUUCCAGAAGACCAUGCCCUGGGAGAUUGUCAUUCUGGUGGGAGGAGGCUAUGCUCUGGCUUCAGGCAGCAAGAGCUCUGGCCUCUCCACAUGGAUUGGGCACCAGAUGUUGUCUCUGAGUAGCCUCCCACCGUGGGCCAUCACCCUGUUGGCAUGCAUCCUGGUGUCCAUUGUCACAGAGUUUGUGAGCAACCCAGCCACCAUCACCAUCUUCCUGCCUAUCCUAUGCAGCCUGUCCGAAACGCUGCACAUUAAUCCACUCUACACCCUGAUCCCAGUCACCAUGUGCAUCUCCUUUGCAGUGAUGCUGCCCGUGGGCAAUCCCCCCAACGCCAUCGUCUUCAGCUAUGGGCACUGCCAGAUCAAAGAUAUGGUGAAAGCUGGCCUGGGGGUCAAUGUCAUUGGCCUGGUGAUCGUGAUGGUGGCCAUCAACACAUGGGGAGUUAGCCUCUUCCACUUGGACAAUUUUCCAGCCUGGGCUAAGGUCAGUAACCUCACUGAUCAGGCCUGA